GCGAGGCCUGGGCGGGCUCCCGAGGUGUGGGGUUGCGGCCCGAGGCGGCACUGGCGGCUCCCGGACGGUCCUUUCCAUUUCCUUUCCUUUCCCCCGUCUCAGUGUGAUUUUCUUGGGCCAAAGCCAGUUUUUAGGUUGGCCUGCACAGAAAACUGAAAAGAGAAUAUGCUCCACUUGAACCGAUGUCAGCAUCUGAAACAAGUAACUCCGAAAGGCUUUUCUAGUACACAGAUGAAAACGGAUAAACAUGCACAGCGAUUUCCUUCCAGAACCUUUGCACUUGCGGAAUUAAGGAAGUCACGGCACUCAAUCUGCUCUCUUGUUGGAGACAAAAAUAUUAUCCUGAUGGGACCACCCGGUGCUGGGAAAACAACAGUAGGCAGAAUAAUCGGUCAGAAACUAGGUUGUUGUGUCAUAGAUGUGGAUGAUGAUAUCCUUGAAAAAACCUGGAAUAUGAGCGUGUCUGAAAAAUUGCAGGAUGUUGGUAAUGAGCAAUUUUUAGAAGAGGAAGGAAAAGCCGUGUUAAACUUCUCUGCAUCUGGAAGUGUGAUUUCCCUUACUGGGUCCAAUCCAAUUCAUGAUGCUAGCAUGCGGCAUCUGAAGAAAAAUGGGAUAAUUGUUUAUCUGGAUGUACCUCCAAUAGAUAUAGUUAGUCGUCUAAAGUUAAUGAAAAUAGAUAGGAUUGUAGGUCAGAAUUCUGGAACAUCUAUGCAAGACUUACUUAAGUUUAGAAGACAGUAUUAUAAGAAGUGGUACGAUACUCGUGUUUUAUGUGAAAAUGGGGCUUCCCCGGAGGAGGUAGCUGACAAAGUGCUGAAUGCAGUUAAAAGAUACCAAGAUGUGGACUCGGAAACGUUCAUUUCCACAAGACACACUUGGCCUAAAGGCUGUGAACAGAAGGUGCCAACAAAAUUCUUCAGUGAAGCUGUGACUGAGGGGUUAGCUCCCGAUGGUGGACUUUUUGUUCCUGAGAAGGAGUUUCCAAAAUUAAACUGUGGGGAGUGGAAAAGCCUCGUAGGAGCAACGUACAUAGAAAGAGCACAGAUACUCUUGGAAAAAUGCAUACAUCCUGCUGACAUACCUGCUUCCAGGUUGGGAGAAAUGAUUGAAACUGCUUAUGGGGAAAACUUUGCCUGCUCAAAAGUUGCCCCUGUCAGGCACCUGUCAGGCAACCAGUUCAUCCUGGAGUUGUUCCACGGACCAACGGGAUCAUUUAAAGAUGUGUCUUUACAGCUCAUGCCCCAUCUUUUUGCACACUGUAUUCCACCAAGUUGUAAUUACAUGAUACUGGUAGCCACCUCAGGAGACACCGGGAGCGCAGUCUUAAAUGGCUUUAGUCGUCUUAGUAAGAAUGACAAGCAAAGAAUAGCGGUGGCCACAUUUUUUCCUGAGGAUGGAGUAAGUGAUUUUCAAAAAGCACAAAUAAUUGGCAGUCAGAACGAAAAUGGAUGGGCAGUAGGUGUCAAGUCAGAUUUUGAUUUUUGCCAGACAUCUAUAAAAAGGAUUUUUCAAGAUUCUGAUUUUACUGGCUUUCUUACUGUGGAAUAUGGAACAGUCUUAAGUUCAGCUAAUUCCAUAAACUGGGGCCGACUGCUUCCCCAGGUAGUUUAUCAUGCUUCUGCAUACCUUGAUCUCGUUAGCCAAGGAUUCAUUUCUUUUGGAUGCCCAGUCGAUGUGUGCAUUCCCACAGGAAACUUUGGUAACAUUUUAGCAGCAGUGUAUGCCAAAACCAUGGGAAUCCCUAUUCGAAAAUUUAUUUGUGCUUCUAAUCAGAACCAUGUUUUGACUGAUUUUAUAAAAACAGGACAUUAUGAUCUAAGGGAAAGAAAAUUAGCACACACCUCUUCCCCAGCAAUUGAUAUUCUCAAAUCUUCAAACCUGGAGCGACAUUUACACUUGAUGGCUAAUAAAGAUGGACAAUUAAUGACAAGAUUAUUUAAUCAAUUAGAAGAGCAGCAUCACUUCCAGAUAGAAAAGAUUCUAGUUGAGAAAGUUCAGCAGGAUUUUGUAGCUGACUGGUGCUCUGAGGGAGAGUGCCUCGCAGCUAUUCACUCUACCUACAAUACUUCCGGGUAUAUUUUGGAUCCACACACUGCUGUUGCAAAAGUAGUUGCCGACAGAAUGCAAGAUAAAAGCUGCCCAGUGAUCAUCUCAUCUACAGCUCAUUACUCAAAGUUUGCGCCUGCUAUCAUGCAGGCUUUAAAGAUCAAGGAAAUCAGUCAGACUUCAUCAGGUCAGGUUUAUUUACUGAGUUCAUACAACGCAUUACCUCCACCUCAUGAGGCUUUAUUAGAGAGAACAAAACAGCAAGGGAAGAUGGAGUGCCAGGUCUGUGCAGCUGAUGUGAAUGUCCUGAAGAGUCACGUGGAAAAACUAGCACAAAAUCACUUCAUAUAGAAGUUUUCUGAGUAAAAAAAAAAUGUUCUGGUGAUAAGCAUGCAAUAAUAGAUCACAAAAGUUGAUUUGGAAUACAGAUAACAUUUUGUUUUUUAUGUAAAUAUGUAUGUCUAUAUUUAGAUCUGUUAUCUUUCGGAAUUUCAAUAGCCUAAUCUCUGGAUCUGAACAUUAUUACACAUGCUCCUUGGAUCCUUAAUCUGGAAGUGACAGAAAGGUAGCAAAGUGCACAGACCCUUGUGCUGUGCUUUGCACUCAUGAGGGAUAUAUCAGUUUCUACUCCCUCAGCCCCACUUUUGAGCAGACCAAAAUGUCUGGUAUUCAAUCUGGCAAUUAAAAUAUUUAAGCAUAGUUGUUACGUAGUACAUCUGUAACCUUUACCAGUUCUCUAUUGAAUAGAAAGAUAAUUUACCACUCUGAUGGUUAACUUCUGUGGAGGAAGUAGUAAGCUCAUCUAUUAAGA